AUGCUGAAGUCUUGCAGCCGCUUUCAAGCUGCUCGAGGGCUAUCUAAAAGUGUAAAAACUACCAAAUAUAAGAUACAUUCCAGUGAUAUACCUGAGAAUUCAACGAUAUUUAGUUUAGUCCAGCCUACGGGCAAAUUUCAUCUGGGCAACUAUCUGGGAUCUGUGAGAACGUGGAAAGAACUAUGUGAUUUGAAUAGAGAUGAUACCACCCUCAUAUUCGGAAUUGCAGAUCUACAUGCCAUUACUGUUCCGAUUCCUGACGGGCAGAAGCUGCGGCAAAGUAGAAAAGAGGCCAUUGCAAGCAUAUUAUCAUUGGGGAUCGAUCCUUCAAAAGCCAUUAUUUUCAAUCAAUCGCAUGUUCACCAGCAUGCAGAGCUUCAUUGGCUACUAUCGACGAUUGCUCCCAUGGGUCUUCUAAAUCGCAUGACGCAGUGGAAGUCUAAAUCGAAUAUCAAUAAAAGUAAUGAUGAAGAAAGUAUGGGUAACGUUAAACUUGGCCUUUUUUCGUACCCGGUAUUGCAGGCGGCCGAUAUCCUUUUAUAUCAGGCCACUCAUGUCCCGGUAGGUGACGACCAGGCUCAGCAUCUUGAACUGACCCGAACAUUAGCCCAGAGCUUCAAUAUGAUGUUCAAAUCACAAGUUCUAACUGUGCCAACAACCAUUCUGGCACCAACUAAACGUAUCCUGAGUCUGCUGGACCCAGCAAGCAAAAUGUCCAAAAGUGAUCCUAAUCACAAUGCCACAAUUUAUUUGAAUGAUGAGCCCGAUGUAAUAGCCAAAAAGAUUAAAAAGGCCGUCACAGAUUCAAUAUCGCAUGAGUUUUGUUACGAUCCUAUAAACCGGCCCGGUGUCUCCAACUUGAUCAAUAUAGUUAGUGGCAUUAGGAGAAUGUCUGUAGCCGACGUCGAAAAAGAGAUCAAGCAUUUUACCAGUCAUAGCGAGUUCAAAAACUACGUUACCGAGGUCUUGAUCGAAGCACUCCGUGUUCCACGAGAGAAUUUCAACCUGCUCAUCAAGGAUCCUGAACAUUUGGAAAAAGUUGCAAGACAAGGUUCGGAUGCCGCAUCGCAACUGGCAGAGAAAAACAUCAAAAAAGUCAAGGAAAUAAUGGGGUUUUGA